AAGGAAGGCUAAUAUUGUCUUUGUCUCAGGUGAGGUCAUGCAGCACAACAUGGAGACAGGCCCUGGAUGAGGGUUAGAGGGGAGGUCACCGCUUUGCCAUGGCUCAUUCGUCUGACACGGCACGCAAAGACAUGACGAAUGGGGCUCAUCCCAAUGCCCAGCCAGGGCCCUCGGGCACCUCUACUCUACCACGCUACCUGCACAAGAAGCAGCAGCGGCAGAAGGGAGUAAGAUCUUCCUCCCCUAUGGGCAGAGUCAUCCUCAUUAAUUCACCUGUUGAUGGAGGGGAUGACAGUGAAGACAUCCACACAAUUACUGUGGACAAAAGUGAGGAUGGCAGGCUGGGCUUCAGCGUGCGUGGAGGCUCUGAACACGGCCUUGGGAUUUUUGUCAGUAAGGUGGAAGACAACAGCUCUGCGGAACUGGCUGGCUUGACUGUUGGAGAUAAACUUGUGGAGGUGAAUGGCAUUAGCUUGGAGAACAUCACAAUGAGUAGUGCGGUGAAGGUCCUGACAGGAAACAAUCGUCUGCGAAUGGUGGUGAGACGCGUUGGGAAGGUGCCUGGCAUCCGCUACUCAAAAGAGAAGACAACAUGGGUAGAUCUGAUUCACCGAAGGAUGGUAGUGGAAGAGAGCGGUCGCACCCCCUCAGAAGCUAGUUCAGAUGGAGCCCUUCGCAGAAUAGUGCACCUUUACACAACCUCAGAUGACUACUGCCUGGGCUUCAACAUCCGUGGUGGCAAAGAGUUUGGCUUGGGCAUUUAUGUCUCAAAGCUGGACCCUGGCGGCCUGGCAGAGCAAAAUGGAAUUAAAAUGGGGGAUCAGAUUCUGGCAGCCAAUGGUGUGAGUUUUGAGGACAUCACACACAGCAAUGCAGUAGAAGUACUAAAGAGUCACACUCAUGUGAUGUUGACUAUCAAGGAGGCUGGAAGAUACCCUGCGUAUAAGGAGAUGGUGGCAGAGUACAGCUGGCUUAAUAAAUUGGCUAAUGGGGGUCAGCCCUCCUCCUCUCAGGGAUCCGACUCCUAUUCCUCCACUUCCUCUCUGUCUUCCGGAACGCCAGUCAGCUCCCUCAGUGGCCUCUCGCAGGUCAUGUUCCCCCCUGUGUUUGGCUCGGAGAUGGUGGAUGUCUGUAUUUCCACCGAGGACCGUUCACGCAGGCCCAGCUCAGAACGGACAGAAACCGCAAUGCAGACCGAUCCACAGGAGCUGGAAGCAUCAGUAAGAGCUAGUAGGGUCAUAACCACAGAGACAAGUCGAACAGUGGGCGAAACUGUUCUGUUGAAAGAUACUGUGAUCCGGAGUGGGCACACCCAUUCUCAUACAAGGACCUUCUCUGCUGGAGAUAAAGAGGCUUUGGACUCGCCAAAAACUGCAGUCCUUGUGGCCCUGAGCAAACCUCGUAGACCCAUUCGCAGAUCUCAGAGUCACAUCACUAUAUCAGAGGACAAACAGAAGAAAAAGAAACGUCAGAAGGAUAAAUUGGAAGUUGAGGGAAGCACCCUGCAGCGCUCCAAAACCUUUGUCAGUCUGCUUUUUAAAAGUGGUCGCAGGAGGGAGCGAUCUUCCUCAAGGGACAGGAAGGUCACUGGGACAGUGGACGGACAAAGAGGAAGGUCCAAAUCCCCAAAACAUCUAGAUAAUGAACCGGGUAAAGAGCGAGGUCGACCCAAAAUCAGCCUAUUGAGUUCUCCCAGAGAGACCCGAGCUGGUAUGAAGGCACACAGCCCUAUGCCCAGCCCAGAAACAAUGAGCAUGAUGGAGGACAUGGCCCACAAACUGCUCAAUGAGGAUGAGGUGGCUGCUGUCAAGAGACACUGUAAAAGAUUUCUGUCGCAGCGUGUGGUUGAGGAUUUGGUGCGCCCCCUGUUGGCCAUCUUGGACAGGCCCGAGAAGCUUUUGCUGCUGAGAGAGAUCAGAAUGAUCAUCCCUCCUUCAGAACUGGGACGUUUUGACAGUAUGGUGUUACCCUUUGAGCUUGAAGCCUAUGACAUACUAAAAAGUCGUUCUGUGAGAUCUCCUGUUCUGCGUUCUCCUCGGCAUGGUGGAACACCCCGUCGCCAUUUAAUAACACCCAUCCCAGACUACAGGGGCGGAUUUCAAUUGCAGCCAGUGCAGGACCUGCAGAGAGAGCGUCAACUCUUAGAAGAUCUAGAACGUCUGCGCUUCGCAGGUCUACCGACCGGCCGUCUCCCUCCUCCUCGAGUGUUCACACCUCUCCUGGAUGUACCGGUGGACACAUACAUCUCAGACUCAGUCAGCCAUCGUUCCCUGAGCCCCGCUCAGCCUAACUGGCCGCAGUCAGAUUUCCCUCACAGCUCAGAGCGCCAUGGACAUUCCCCUCAAAGAGACAAUGCUUUCCCCCAGACAUCACACCAUGACUCUUUAUCCAGCGGGGGGGAUUCUGUUCCAGAGCGUGGAAGGUCUCCUUAUAGGAAUGGUCAUAGAAUGAAAACCCAGAAUGGAAAGGAGGUGAAGUACACCGUGAUGAGCGCACACAGACGGAGCAGAACACCGCUUACCCAGGUGUUUGGGCCCAGCUCAGAUCAGGACUGGAGAGGAACUGUGAAUGGACACUCAAACAGCAAAGAAAACUUUUCAAAGCAGGAGUAUGAACUUACCACGGUUUCUAUCUCCAAGACCAAACAGUCCUUGGGCAUUAGCAUCUCAGGUGGGAUAGAGUCAAAGGUGCAGCCAAUGGUGAAGAUAGAGAAGAUCUUUCCAGGAGGAGCGGCCUCCACAAGUGAUGUUCUGAAGGCUGGAUUCGAGCUAGUGUCAGUAGAUGGAGAGAGUCUCCAAGGUGUCACACAUCAGCACGCUGUGGAUGCCAUUCGGAGGGCUUUCAGCAACAAGGCCAAAGACCCCAUGGAGUUCAUCAUCAAAGUUCCCAAGAAUCCGAGGGAAUGACCUGAACGCAACCAGACUCAUGUUUAAAUGUUUUUGCGCUAAUGCUCUGGGGUAUGAAAAAGGGCACAUGCCCGGUUUGAUAGUGAAGUCAUGCCAUCAUGUCCAGUGGGGUGAGAGGCAGACCCCUGAGCAAGAAUAAAAAAAAUGGGCUUCCACGGUGUCCAUUCACAGGCACAGAUGUUUUUCCUUUCUUAGCUAAAUCUAUUCCUUCAUUUUCUGUUUACAAGAAAUCUGAGAAAACCAUCAUAACUUUUGCACCAUUAAAGGCACAAAAGCCAGAGUUAACAUGAUAUGAGUGAACUGUGGGUUUCUAUUUUGGGUUCAGCUUUCAGCCCCCGUCAGCGUGUGAGAUAAGACGCUGGCGUGACAUGCUGAUUAUGAAAGUCAUAACACUACCCAUCCAGGCAACAGUUACACAUGAGGCCUCUCCACAUUCAUGCCUCCAAGAGAUUAAACAAAGCCAUGUUAUGGAUUUAGAUCCAGAUUAGGUCUUUUAUUUUUGGGGGUUUGGUUUAGUUAACUGAAGACUCUUAGUUCCUGUUCUCUGUUUUUUGGCAACAUGUAUGCAUACAUUUAACUUGUAAUUGUGCCUUAAUUCUGCACGUAUGGAUAGUGCAAUUGAAAUCUAUACUUGGUGAUGGUUGUAGCAUCAGUGUUAUAUACAGAUUUUAUUUCUGAGAGACUGUAAGCAUCUAGGAAAGCAUGUACAAAGCAUCUGAUCUGCACUUUUUGCAAGUCAUUUUAUUACAAAAAACAUUGUGUGAUUCUAAAUAAAAAAGUUAAAUGCACAGUAACCUGUUUUUAUUGUGUAAGACUGUAAAUAUGACCUUGAAUAAGCCACAAUUAUUGAUGAAAUACCUUUCUAACUUUCACAAUAUCAGUGUCAAUAACAUUGAUUAAAAGAUUGGUUUUGCAAUUAUGAACGCAUUGCAACCUGAU